UAUUUCGAAUUUCAUUUAACCAACAAAAAAAAAACAAUUCGAUUUAACCACAAUCUACGCAAAUCGGGAAGAUUCUCACGAAUUUUCCAAAUAAGAAACAACAAAAUAGAAAUGAUGCAAGUUACAUUCACACGGAAUUUAGUGCGAUUGGCCAAACCAUCGCUGGCCAAUCAAUUUGAACGGCAAUUUAGUCAAUUGCGUGUAUUAACACCAUUGGUUAGUUCAUUGGAUAGAUUUUUGAAACCGACGACGACAACAACAGUAAUGCGUGAUUUCUGCUCGGAGCAGUCCAAAAAGAAAAAGCAAAAGAAGAACCCACCAGCUGUUGAGCAUGUUGGUCGUUUGGACUUUCGCAUUGGAACUAUUGUUGAGGUGAACAAAGCUCCGGAUGCCGACACACUCUAUUUGACGAAAAUUGAUAUUGGAGGCGAAUUUUUAUCCGUUGUUGCCGGCCUCGCGAAAUUCCUUACAGUCGACGAAUUAAUUGGACGGAAUGUCGUUGUUUUGUGCAACUUAAAGCCAUCCAAACUCCGUGGUCACUUGUCGGAAGGCAUGAUUAUGUGUGCAAAAAGUGGCGAUAAAAUGGAAGUGCUUGAACCACCCGCAAAUGCAAAACCUGGUGACUUGGUCUACUGCGAGAGCUACGAACGAACUAUACCUGAUGGAGGACGUGACAAAAAGAAAUUGUACGAUCCAUUAGCUCCAGAUAUGGCUACAAAUGAUCAACUUGUCGCCUGUUACAAAGGCUCAUAUUUGUACGUUCCCGACAAGGGAAACAUUGUUACUAAGUCGCUAAAAAAUGCAAACAUCACGUAAACACAUUGAACUGUUUUGUUUUCUUGCAUUUCCUAGAUUUUAGUCAUUCAGCCGCAUUGAAAUGUUUUCGUUUAUGUUAAUUGAUAAAGAAGAAAAAAUGAAUUUUACUUUAAAAAAAAAACCAAAGCCGUUGUUUUCAUUGUAUUUUCUAUUUUGAAGCAUGGAAACGUUGACGUUGAUUACGUUGGUAACGAGUUUUGUUGCUGUCAAUGUGCAUCACUAUUUGAGGUUAAGUCUUCACAUAUCUCAUUUUACACACACAACACAACACAACAGACCGAUAGCGAUUGUGAGAGGAAUUUAUGCCGGAUUGCUUUUGUUCACAGAUUUUAUUCAUUUGUUAAUUGUACAAAAUGAGUUCGGAGCUAAAAAAAGUGGUGCAAACCAAUAAGACUGCCAAUACAACUCUAAACGAGCUCAAUGUACAGUUUGGAGCAAUCAAAGCGAAGAGCAAUGAGGUUCGAAAACAACAAUUACGAAUUGAAAAUGAAAAUUUGCGUCAGCAAAUCGAAUUGGCCAAGCAGCAAUUGAUCGAUUUGGAAACUCGCAAUGGUAAAAAGCAAAUUCCGGUACCAAGACAAAGUGCCACGAAGCCAUCUGUUCAAGUGAACAAUGUUCAAGCGCAAGCAUCACCAAAACCAACAGCAAAUGCGGAAAAUCAAGCGGCCAAACCGUCAAAAGAUAAAAAACCCAAAACAGAAAAAAACCCAUGGAAGAAACCAGAAGCUGGUGAAAAGGCAUCGGCUGCUGAAGAAGUGAUUGAUAUCAGCCGACUUGAUUUGCGCAUUGGUAAAAUUGUUGAAGUUCAAAAACAUCCCGACGCUGAUGCUUUAUAUCUCGAGAAAAUCGAUGUCGGAGAAGAUAAGCCGCGUACAGUCAUUUCGGGUCUCGUAAAGCAUGUGCCGAUUGAAGAAAUGCAAAAUCGCCUACUCGUUGUGUUCUGUAAUUUAAAACCGGCCAAAAUGCGUGGUAUCCUAUCCGAAGGAAUGGUUUUAUGCGCUUCAACACCGGAAAAAGUUGAACUUAUCAAUGUUCCACUGAAUUCAGUACCUGGCGAUCCAGUCUAUACAGAAGGCUAUGCUCGCAAUCCAGACGCUCAACUAAAUCCAAAAAAGAAAAUUUGGGAAACAAUCGCACCAGAUCUUAAGACCAAUGAUGAUUUGCUUGUGUGUUACAAAGGUGCCCCAUUGUAUGUGCCAGAAAAAGGGCAACUCAAGGCACCAACACUCAAAGGUGUCAAUGUUAAAUAAUUUGUUUAUUUUUUGCUACAAAAAAAUAUUGAACCAAGAACAUUCACUCAACUGGCAAUCUAUUUCUUAUUUAAAAACAAAAUAAAAUGCAGUUUUGCACAAUA